AUGGCGCGCAUGCCGCCCAAGGCGAGCGAAAGCCCAGAGCCACUGCAAGGCUAUAUCGACGGUUACAAGGGUCGCCCGCUCACACUCCACCUGAUCCCGCUCUCCCAGAACGAAUGGCCAUUCAACAGGCUUCGCUCAGGCUUUGCUGAUUGUGUCGUGGUCCAAGUAAUUGAAUGGAGAGCCGUUUCAACUGAUAAAACCGAGCUCCGUACACUCAAUGGGCGUAGAGCCCGCAGUGACGGAAGCCAGCCUUCAUACCUCAAGCCGCUGGCUACCGAUGCGCUUUCCUCACACCCACUCCAUGCGUGUAUCAGCUCAAUAUACCCUUCGAUGCCUGCUCUGGAAACUCAGGGGCUCAAUCGCACUGCAAAUCUACUGUAUAAAGAGCAUACCGAACAAGUGGCUUUUGAUCGUGUCCGCCCCCCUGCAUUUACAUUCACCUCUCACGUCCAUCGAAAGAUUUGUUACCUGAUCUCUGCUCAUUCCAUUGGUAAUGCCGUCGUCUCUAAUCAAAAGCUUGGUUUUGAGCAGGCAUUAGACGCGAGGCCGGCUGCAGUACAGGCUCUCGAGGCAAACAUUCACGGUGGACGGCUAGCGUGGCUCCUUGCCUCACCUGAAUGUGCGCCCAAGUCAACACCUACCGAAAUGAACAGUUUAUGA